CGAGGACGAGGACAACCAAACCCGAGAUUCACAUAGGCGAACGCGAAGCGAUCGAUCGAUCCUCUUCUUCGAUCAGAUCGGUGCCGAUAGAUGGCGCACGGGGAGGAGCCGUCGACGCAGGCCGCCGCAGCGGCGUGCGCGAAGGGCUGCGGGUUCUACGGGAGCGCGGCGACCAAGAACAUGUGCUCCAAGUGCUACCUCGACCACCUCAAGGCCGCCGAUACGGCCGCCCCCGCCGUCGAAGGGAAGACGAAGAUCAAGGCCGACGUGGCCAACCUCGCCCUCAACCUCAAGACAUCGCUGAGCCUGCAGGACUCUGCCUCUGCCGCUGCCGCCGAGGCACCGGCGGCCGAGGCGCCGGCGAAGAAGGCGGGGCCAACCAGGUGCAUGGCGUGCAAGAAGAAGGUCGGGCUGCUGGGGUUCGCGUGCCGCUGCGGCGGCACCUUCUGCUCGCUGCACCGCUACGUGGACGGGCACGCGUGUGACUUCGACUACAAGAAGGUCGGCCGUGAGAAGAUCUCCCAGCAGAACCCUCUCGUUGCGCCGUCCAAGAUCGACAAGAUUUGAUGGCAGAAGGAGUUUAAAAACUUGCAGAGAGUUUUUCCUAGGGACAGUGUACCAGUGUACAUAGUUACUAUCUCUCCUCUUUAGAUCUUUCCCGUACGCACUAGCUUCUCAAGUUAAAGAGAGUCGAUGU